CGGACGGCGGACGGCGGCGAAAGUAAAAGGAAUAAUUCACCCACAUCACCGAUCAUCAUCAAUCACGCAAUCCCUUCGCGUUACCACCUUGCUAAUAUCUCCCCAUUUUUUUGGAAAUCCCACAAAUACCCAAAAUCGAUAAGCAAAAUCCAAAAUGACGUAAAAAGCCCAUCACAUCUCACCACUAUAAAAAACCGUCCCCCAAUCACACACCCUCUCCUCAUCAUACCAUUUAACUUUUAGUUUAAAACAUGACGGUAUUUACGUUGAACACGGGUGCAAAGAUUCCUGCCAUUGGACUCGGAACCUGGAAAUCGGAACCGGGUCAAGUGGGUGAAGCAGUUAAAGCGGCUAUUGAAGCUGGGUAUAGACAUAUUGAUGGAGCGUAUGCAUACGAAAACGAAAAGGAAAUUGGAGAAACCCUCUCAAAACUCUUUUCCUCCAAAACCAUUAAAAGAUCCGACCUUUUCUACACUUCCAAACUCUGGAACACCUUCCACGAUCCAAAGGAUGUUGAAAAAGGAUUAAAUGAGACGUUGAAUAAUUUGGGACUCGAGUAUUUGGAUUUGUAUUUGAUGCAUUGGCCUGUGGCUUUUAAACCUGGGACGAGUGAGGUUGUUGAUGUGGAUUAUGUUGAGACGUGGAAGGCCAUGGAGAAAUUGGUCCAAACGGGCAAAGUCAAAGCCAUCGGCGUCUCCAAUUUCGAUAUCCCCCACUUGGAACGUCUUUUAUCCUCAACAAGCAUCAUCCCAGCCGUCAACCAAGUAGAACUCCACCCAUACCUCCCCCAACCCUCUUUGCUCGCUUUUACCAAAAAGCAUAACAUCCUCUUAACAGCCUAUUCACCCCUCGGAAGCGGUGGAUCCCCUUCGUUAUUAUCGGAUUCAACUAUAACGGAAAUUGCUAAAAAACAUGCAAAAGAUCCAGGGCAGGUUCUGGUUGGAUGGGCAGUUCAACGUGGGACGGCGGUUAUUCCGAAAUCUGUUAACCCUAAACGUAUAAAAUCGAAUUUGGAUAUUGCGGUUUUGGAUAAUGAGGAUUUGAAAAGGAUUGAGAGUGUUACGACUAGGAAGAGGUUUGUGGAUCCUAAAAGUUUUUGGGGUGUGGAUGUUUUUGAUGGGUUUGGGGAGGAGACAAAGUAGACUUUUGCACGUUUGUUUAAUAUGGACUUUUGGAAUAUCGUUAUUUUUGAUGAGCCUUGUCUUGAAAAGGAAA